AAUACCAUAACACAAAUCACAAGGGAAAGCCUUCAGAAAAAAAAAGAGACCCUCUUGAAGUGAUUUGCGUUUGUGUUAUCACAAUGGCGCAAUGCUACGAAUUCCGUGAGAAAGAUUGCUACGAGGUGUCUCAAGGCCAAGGCUACGGCUAUGGCUACGGCCAUGACCAGAGCCACCACCACUUGGCUAAGAACCCGAGCCAUGGCCCGUGCCAGACCCAGAACCACCAAAGCCAUGGGAUUCUAGAUGGGCUCCUCAAGGGCCAUGGCGGGCAAUCCGCUCAUUACGGCCAUGAGACUGGCAAGGGAUCAUUCCACAGCAGCCAUGAGGCACACAAGUCUCAUGGCCUAGGGACGUUCGGUAGCAGCCAUGAGACACACAAGGCUCAUGGCCUCGGAACCUUCAUGGGCGGCCACCAGAAGAGCCAUGGAGAGAGCAAGGCUCACUGCCAUGUGAAGGGUGAGAAGAAGCACAAGAAGCGAUCUGAGCACAAGAAGAAGAGCAAGGAUGGCCACUGCAGCAACAGUGACAGCAGCAGUGGAAGUGACAGCGACUGAACCGACUUCCCCCGUGACCAGAAGUGAUGCUUCAAGGAGACAGUAUAAUCAAUAACUAUACUACUAAAUAAAAGACACUUGCUUAGGUGGUCUUCUGUCCCUUGUAAGCUUACUUCUAUGAAUCUACCUAUCUUCAUCUUUAUGGAUCA